AAAUGCAAAGAAGUCUAUAGGUGAUGGAAAGGAAUCAAUAGAAGAUGAAGAAUCAAAAUUGCAAUUUGACGAUGACAGGACAUCCUCACCCAUACCUGAAAUGGUGGUAUACUCAUCAGAUGAUGAAGAACCAGAGAAAAGGAAGAAAGUCAAGAAAAGGAAACGAAUUUUGGCUUUUUCUGAUGACGAGGAUGCACAGGGACCAGUUGAGUAUGACGAUGAAGAAAAUGAGGUACCACGUACAACAUUCACAGGAUUCAAAGAUAAGAAAAAAGGAGGCAUCAGAGCAGACUUCUUAGAGAAUGAGGCUGAGCUCUCUGGAUCCGAGGAAGACUCUGGUGAUGAAUAUGAAGGUGGACAUGAUUUUAUGGAGGAGGAGGAGGGUGACAGGGAACAGUUUGAUGAAAAUGACCUUAGAAAUCAGGUUGGCCGGGCGCAUUUGAAAACUUUGAUAGACUCAGACCAACGUGAAUUACGGUUGUUGCAAGAAAUGUACUUAGAAGAUGGCGAAAUGCAUGGUGAAGGGCGUCAAAGACAAUUCAGAUGGAAGAAUAUUGAUGACAAUGACGAAAAUGAAAAGAAGAUGGAUUCCGACGAGGAGCAAAAUGUGGGAGAGGAGGAGGUAGAAGAUGCAGAGUGGAGGAAGCAAAGAUAUGAGAGGGAAAAGUUCUUGCAGGAACAGCAGGAAAAGGUAGGAGACACCUUGGAGACUGAAAUGUUCAAGAUUGGUCCUCGUCCGUUAGUGAGAACAGUUUCCAGCAGUGAUUCAGCCUCCAAGCGAGAGCCACUGAAGACGGCCAACCCAGCCCCAGCCCCAGCCCCAGCCCCAGCAGCAGCCCUAGUUAAAAAGCCUGCGGUGAAUCCGUUUUGCAUGCUGUCUAAGCGUGGUUCCUUCCUCUCAAGAGACAAGAAUACUUUAGCACGUAUUGCAGAGCUCACAAAAGACAAAGGAAGUGUAAUAGGGGGAGCCAAGCAAGCAGGUAACUUUGUCUUCCAGCAGUUGACAGCAGAAGAGGUAGAGAAAAAAGAGAAUGCCAAGAUUAAGAGGAGCACGAGCUUGCCUGCUGCCAAGAAAGCAAGAUUAGAUCGCAGCUUCUUCAGUAUGGAUAAAUCGAAACAGUCUUCAAGUAUAUUUAAGCAUUUUUAAUGAUAAUCUAGAUAGAUGAAUAAGGAGAAGCAUAAAGAUUUAGAUAAGAUUCUAGAUUUUAUCUGUAUUUUUCUUAUAUAUGAAAUUCUUAUUUUCAAGAAUUAGGAAUAACGGUUCUGCUGUUAUACUUUCCAUUUUUUCAACACAUUGUCCUCCCUCACUUUUUUAUACCAAAAAUUUCUUCUCAUUUUUAUUUUAACAGAAUUAUAAUUGUUUUGUUGGAAAAGAAAUAUUUCUUUACUUUCUCAUUUUAUGCAUUUGUGUGGAUGUGUAUGUAUAUAUGUCAUUUUGUGUAUAUAUAUAUAAGAAUAAAAUAAGAGUAUUUAUUUUGUGCAAUGUUUUUAUAGACAGAUAAGGGUAGCUAAACUUCAUAACCCAUUUUUUAUAUUUUUAUUUGGUGCAUUAAAAAUAC